CAAUGUUAAUCCAAAAGCUAUCCUCCUCAUUGAGAUUGUAAGAUAGAGCUACGACGAUUAUAUGUAAUCUCAAUGCCUCAUGUAAUUUUAUAGGAGAAAACGAAGUCGUUUUAGAUUGUUCUUCCGCCCAAAUCAAAUCUCAACACUCAAAAAAACAUUUCAGUAAAUUUCAAGGAAAGCCAUACACAUACGAGAAGAGGUUUUGGAUCUCUGAUCUCUCGAUCGAUCCAGAUUCAUCCACUUUACUUUUAUUCAUUGCAGAUUCUGGAGAAGCUUCGAAGAGAAAUUUGUAUUCCCAGAUUUAUUCGAGGAGGAAGACGAAGACGAACCGGAACCCUAGUUGAUUGAUUUAUCAAUUGGUAAAAAAAUUGAUCUGAAAUCUCGGGUUGGAUCUGUUGCUUCUCUCGAUCGAGAAGGAAGGUGAAGAAUCUGCGGUUGUCGGUGUUGAUUAGUUGCUUAGGGUAAUGUCAUUGGGUGAUUGAAUCAUAACAUUGUGAGAGGUUUAUUUGCUAUGAGCGUUUGUGGAAGCUGUUUCUUCUCGUUUUGGAUUGGAGUGAUCGAAGAGGACUUUGAUUGAAGAAGAAUCUUAGUUUUCGUAUUUGUUACCUAAUCUGGUUUGGCUAAGUGUGUGAUUAAAAAACAAAUAUGAAGUUUUGGAGGGAACGUGAAAGGGAAAAUAAGGAGCAGAUCUUAGCUCCAUUAUGUGGCCAAGUUCGAGUAUUGGUUGUUGGUGACUCAGGUGUUGGAAAAACAUCACUCGUACACCUCAUCAACAAAGGUUCUUCUAUUGUUCGCCCAUCUCAAACGAUUGGAUGCGCUGUUGGUGUCAAGCACAUAACGUACGGGAGUCCAGCUAGUUCUUCAAGUAGCUCUCAAGGUGACGCAGAGAGAGAUUUCUUUGUUGAACUCUGGGAUGUAUCAGGGCAUGAGAGAUACAAAGAUUGCCGUUCAUUAUUCUAUUCACAAAUCAAUGGAGUUAUUUUUGUCCAUGAUCUCUCUCAAAGAAGAACAAAAACAAGCUUGCAGAAAUGGGCGUCUGAGGUUGCAGCUACUGGAACAUUUUCAGCUCCUCUUCCCUCAGGAGGUCCUGGUGGUCUUCCUGUUCCUUACAUUGUUGUUGGCAACAAAGCAGAUAUAGCUGCAAAAGAAGGAACAAAAGGAAGCAGUGGAAAUCUUGUUGAUGCAGCUCGUCAUUGGGUUGAGAAGCAAGGUUUGCUUCCUUCUUCAAGUGAGGAUCUUCCUCUCUUUGAAAGCUUUCCUGGUAAUGGCGGUCUCAUAGCGGCUGCCAAAGAAACCAGAUACGAUAAGGAAGCUUUGAACAAGUUUUUCCGGAUGUUGAUAAGAAGAAGAUAUUUCUCAGACGAACAACCAGCAGCUUCACCGUGGUCUCUUUCGCCGGUUCCAACCUCAUCAUCCCAACGGUUAGACGAGAUCACAAGUGAUGACGAUCAAUUUUACAAGAGAACAAGUUUACAUGGAGAUCCUUACAAGUACAACAACAACACUUUACCGCCACUUCCAGCACAACGCAACCUAACUCCGCCUCCUACACUCUACCCGCAGCAACCAGUGUCUACUCCUGAUAACUACGCCAUCCCGAGAUUCUCUCUUUCCAGUGUACAAGAAACAAACAACAAUGGUAGUGCAAGAUCUAAGCGAAUGGAUAUAAACGUCUGAAAUCUCAUCACUUGUUGGCUCAUUCUCAUUCCAAGAAAAACUUUAUAUGCCUUUGGAUCUAUUAUUCUUUUUUGAUUUUUCUUCGUAGUAGGUGGUAAAGUGAAUACGUGUGUAAAAACCCUCUUUGGUUUUGUACAUUGUGGGUUUUUUUUUAUCUUUAUAGCAGAUUCAUAAAAUGUUUUUUUUGUUGGUUCUCUCAUGUAUUAAAAACAGUGAAGAAAUCAAUCACAAAACUCACAAUUAUGUUAGACUGUUA